AUGGGAGAUUCAUAUGAUGAUGAACAUAUGAAUCCACAAAACAUAUCAUUGAUGGGAGAGACUUCAGAUGACAAACUACCAAUGGCAGAAGAAUAUUCAUUUAAAACAGAGGAAAAAGAACAUUUCGAUGAAUCUUCAGAUGUUCCAUUAAAUGAGAUUGCAAGUGAAUCAAUGAAAGAAUAUGAGGAAAGCUUAAAUAAUAUAAAAGAUUUUAGUAGAAAGUCAGAAAUAUCUUAUCCAUCAACGUCAAAUGAUAUAUCAUCGUAUUCGUCAAAACCAUUGCAGAAUGAAAAUGGCGCCCAGAAAAAUGAUACGAAAAUGGAAAUAUCUUCAACUGUGUUUACCGGAAAAAGGCCAUUAGAAAAUUCUGAAGAAUAUGAAGUUCCAGAAAAGAUGAUAAAAAAUGAAACACUAGGUUCGUCAACAACAGCGCCUACAACAACUGGCAAUUUAGUAAAAAUUUCAAGUGUGUUACCAAACUACAAAAUGAUCGGAGAACCAAUACCAGCACAUUCUCGUGGAAUCUCUGCACUUCGGUUUUCUCCAGACGGUAAAUGGUUAGCCUCAGCUAGUGCUGACAAAACAAUUAAAUUGUACAAUAUUGAAAAAGCUGAAGAAGGCAUAUUUCCGGAACAUGUUCUUGGUAGUCAUAAAAUGGGAAUUAAUGAUGUAGCUUGGGGUGGUGAUAGUAGGCAUUUAAUAUCAUGUGCCGAUGACAAAUUAGUUAAGAUGUGGGAUGUCUUUGAAUCAAAACUUUUGAGGCGUUUCGAAGGUCACACAAAUUAUGUUUUUUGUUGUGUUUUUAAUCAAGUUCAUACUACAAUUGCUUCUGGUUCUUUUGAUGAAACAAUUAGACUAUGGGAUAGUAGAUCAGGAAUAUGUAUUAAAGUUUUACAAGCACACUCUGAACCAAUAUCUUCUAUUGCGUUUAAUCGUGAUGGUUCUUUAAUUGCUUCUGGUGGUUACGAUGGUCUCGUUAGAAUAUGGGAUGGUGUUAAUGGUCAAGUUGUUAAAACAUUAGUUGAUACAGAAAAUCCACCAAUUACUUUAAUUAAAUUUAGUCCUAAUGGUAAGUAUGUUUUGGCAGGAACAAUGGAUUCUAAAUUAAAAUUAUGGGAUUACAAUAAAAGUAAAUGUUUAAAGAUUUAUAAGGGACAUGUUAAUGAAAGAUAUUGUACCUCAGCAUGUUUUUCUAUUACUGGUGGAAAAUGGAUUGUUAGUGGAUCGGAAGAUUUUAAAGUUUAUUUAUGGAAUUUACAAACAAAAGAAAUUGUCCAAACUUUAUCAGGUCAUACAGAUGUCGUAUUAGCUUUAGAUGUACAUCCAACAAAAAAUAUGAUUGCUAGUGCUGGAAUCGAAAACGACAAACAUAUUCGUAUUUGGAUGAGCGAUUUUUAA